CUCCUUCUCGAGGCACAGGCAUGCGAUAGCUGUUUUGGCCCCAUCAACCGCGUCGAGCAUGUCCGUCACGUGAAGCGUAUGCAGCCUGAUGCAUACAACGCCACAUAUGGGCCGACACGGGGUGCCCUGGAAUGGGGACAGUUGAAUUUCCUGCACACUACCGACACGCACGGCUGGCUGGAGGGACAUUUGACCGAGACCAACUAUGGUGCUGACUGGGGCGACUUUGUGUCCUUCACGGCGCACAUGAGGGCCAAGGCCAAGGCACUGGGUGUGGACCUGUUGGUCGUUGACACGGGAGACUUGCACGAUGGCGCUGGCCUGAGUGAUGCCACCACCGUCGACGGCGAGCUGUCCAACCUCGUGUUCGAGAAGCUCGACUACGACCUCUUGACAAUUGGAAACCAUGAGCUCUACUACGCCGACAUUGCAUACCAAGACUACGACUCGUUCUCCAAAGUCUGGGGCGACAGGUAUCUCACCUCCAACGUCCAGGUUCUCAACACCACAACCAACGAGUUCACCUACCUGGGCCAUCAGUACAAGUACCUCACCACCGAGAACGGCCUGCGCAUCCUCGCCAUGGGAAUCCUGUACGACUUCACAGGCAACACCAACGUCACCAAGGUAAUCCCUGCCGAGACGAUGGUGAACGAGACCUGGUUCCAAUCCGUGGUCGCCUCCCCGCCGGGCCCCGUCGACCUCUUCCUCCUCAUCGGCCACAACACCGCCAAGAAGGAGACCACAACAGGCACUUUUGGGUACGUCGUCGACGCCAUCCGCGCCGUGCACCCCUCGACCCCCGUACAGAUCUUUGGCGGCCACAGCCACAUCCGCGAUUUCCAGGUCUACGACGAGGCCACCACCGCCCUCGAGAGCGGUCGCUACUGUGAAACGCUGGGGUGGCUGUCCAUGUCUGGCUUCACCGCCAACAACAGCGCCUACACCGGCACCGCUGCACCAGAGGGUGUGCCCCAUCCAGCCCGCAAGGCAACCAACACCUCGACUUCGCCCUGGACGUACGCAAGACGCUACCUCGACUGGAACCGCCUGACGUUCGAGUACCACGCCUCCGGCUCGCAGACCACCACCGGCCUCGCCAAUUACACCGCCGACCCAGCUGCCUUUGAGAUACAGCGCGGGAUCAACACGACGGACCAGAUCUACGACUACAGGCUGUCCCUCAACCUCACCGCCCAGCUGGGCUGCUCGCCUCAGCUGUGGUGCCAGUCGUGUGCCGAGUUCAACAGCUCUGGCAGCAUCUACAGCCUGCUCAGCGAGGCUCUGAGCGCUGCCGUGGUGAAUGAGACGCGGUCGGACAAGGCACGGGUGAACAUUAUCAACACUGGCUCGGUGCGGUUUGAUCUUCACAAGGGUCCCUUUCUUUGGGAUGAUGCUUAUAUUGUCUCGCCGUUUGAUGAUAUCUUUGUUUACAUUCCUGAUGUUCCGUAUUCCCUUGCCAGUGGUGCUUUGGACUAUAUCAACACAUACGGCACCGUCUACAAGCGAGACUCUACAAGCGUAACCAUGGAGUCUCGCGACACCUGCACCGACCCCUUCCUCUCCCCUCUAGCAACCCGCGAGAUUGCCCAAUACGCCCACACCCACGCAGGCCACACCCGCCGCCAGACUACUACCAUAGACCUAACCCAAGGCUACGUAACCACUGACGCCUUCGGCACCGACGGCGACGACACAGCCCACACCGCCCUCCCUUACUACGACUACCCAGACUUCUUCCAGGCCCUCGGCGGGUUCCCCACUAACGGCAGCCUUCCCGACGUGGUUGACUUGAUUUUCAUCGACUACAUCGAGACGGAUAUCCUGGCGUACCUGAAUGCUACUGCAGGCGCGGGGGUGUAUGAUGAGUCGGAUGUGUCGUAUUAUAUCAAUGAGAACUUUUCGACGCAGACGUAUUUGCCGUUGUUUGUCGAGACUUCGGAUCUUUUUCAGCAGAACCUGGAUAAUUGCACCAUUUACUGAUAGACUGGUGCGUUUGUUGCAAGCGCACAUUGGUUUGGACGGGCGACAAAGGUGGAGGGGGUCCGAUAGAUGUAUAGUGAGGUUGGGAAAAGAAUCAAAGAAAAAACAAAAAUUAAAUGAG